CCACGAUGGCACGAAUCAGGAAAUCACGGGGAAAUCAGCUCGUGGAGAAGUAUCUCACCACUAUUAACAACCAACCUGUCGUGAAUUUAUCGCGUCUCUCCCUAUUCUCUGCCCUUUUCGCUGCGACUUACACCCAAGUACCCAGCCAUGGACACGACCACCCCCACGAGGUACGCGCCCGACACGACGCUCCGCAUCCGCGAGCACCUCCCACCAGAACCGUUUCGAGCAAACAGCGACUACAAACCAAGCCCGCGUCCAGACGCCGAUUGGAGCUGCUGGGAUCCCGAUGCUUAUGAGAUCACCAACCUCACCGAGUUUGCGCUGGCCAACCCGCCCGUCGAGACCGAGUCGCCAGGCAAAACGGAGCGCACACUCACCAUCACGGGCACAAAGACGCGCCGACAAUCCAGAGGCUGUGCCCCUGAACGGGGUGGCGCCCACGUCGUGACCUGCUUCCUCGACGGCGACUCCUCGGUCGAGUACAUCGCCAAGAUCUACGACGGCGUCGACUACCCCACCGACAUGGAAACCUGGGACUGCAUGAGCCGGGCGGACGAGGACUACGCCGUGGAGGCCUGGGCGUACCGAGGCAUGCAAUCCGUCAUCGGCGGAACGGUGGUGCCGGCCUACUUUGGGUCUUGGACUUUCCCGCUCGACACCAACCACAACAACCGACAGCGAUGGGUCCGCAUGAUCCUACUCGAGCUCAUCCAGGGCGAGUGCCUCGCGGACAUUAUGAAGCGGGCCGAAACCGGGGCCGCGCCACCAGCCGCCCCGGUGGACUAUUCGCUGCUGCCCCCCGACGACUUCCGCCUGCGCGUCCUGCGCAGCGUCAUCGACAGCAAGCUGGCCGUCUGGUGGGAGGGCCUGCUGGACCACAACGACCUCGAGCCGCGGAACAUCAUGGUCAGGCCCGACGGCAGCGUGGCCAUCAUCGACUUCAACCACGUCACCCUGUACGAGUUCACCAUCUACGGGCGCGAGCACCCGAGGCAACUUCUCGACCCGGCCGCGCUGCCGGAAUCACCCAUCCAGAAAUACUGGCCAGUCCCGUUUGGUUCCGUGGCCCGCGGAUACGAAAAGUCCCGCGUUUGGGGCCGUUGGGUCCCUGAGAGUUGGCUCGGGGAUCUGGACCUGGCGACCGAGUGGUUGGUCGAGACGUGGCGGGGGUCGGCCAAGUACGCUCCCCUCGAGCAGGGGUGGCUGGAUUGGACUUUUCACGAUAGGAAUAGUGUACGGAGUAAAGGCUGUCGCUUUGCUGGAAAGCCUCGGGCGCAAGCCGGCUGAUCAACUUCAGUCUUCGACUUUAGAUACCUAAUGAGGCUGGUGUGUAUGUACCUGAUCUACGCGGGUUGAAUGCACUGGGUACUACCUAUGACGGAGAACAUAGGGCACGAUCUAAAGCGAGACAUUCCAUAACCAUUCAACAGUUGUGCAGUGUGA